UAAUGACCGGAUAGUAAGAGCUCUCAGCCUCUCAUCCUCAAAAGUCCCAAAUGCCUUCUAUCGCCUCUGCAACAGCCAUCGAGGCAACUACUCAAUAAGUUUGUUGAGACGACAAGGCUACUUACCAGCACAAAUAGUAUAGUCGCCGCAACAAUUACCUUUUAAGUAACAAAAGCACAUGCCAAUAUCUUAUUUCUAUGACAUUGAUAGUUGAACUCUCUUUCCGUUGCCGCUAUCGCCGCCUCUUCUCGAUUAGUGGUCUUUGAUCGAUUAACAUCACUCCGAGUCUCUUCUACUUCAUUUCUCAUUCGUUAUAACAAUUCGAAACUAAUCGAGGAAACAUGCCGUCUCUGCAAACCGUGCUGCCACCUGAACUUGCCAACAAUGUGAUUAGACUUUACCGCGAAUGCCUUCGAAGAGCUAAAUAUAUCGGUCAACGGCAACAUAAUACAGAGCUUCUUGUUGAUAUGGUGAGGCAGCAGUUCAAAAAAAACAUGCUCGAGACAGAUCCAGAGAAGAUUCAAAAGUUGAAGGAUGACUGGAUUGAAGUCCCUGACGUUUUGAAACUGAUAAACAAACACAGUUUCUUAUACUGCUUUUUUGAUGAUAAAAGUGUUUUCAAGUCUCUAAUCUUUGUCUCCUUUGUUUGACAGUGCGGCGAGGGGACUCAUAAAUCACAUACUAUACGAGUCUGAGAAGAUGUCUGGUCGUAAAUUCAGCCAGAGCUCUUGAUGUUGUUCAGAAUUUCUAGUUCCGAGUUUUUAGUUGGUGUAUCAGAUCAUGUUCUCAUAAAAUUGAGGAAUAAUAAUCUGAGACUUAAUGGUCCCAAGGGUGCUUGUUUAUGAAUGAAAUUUGCAUACUUGGGAAUUGCACCCGAGCUCUUGAUGUUGUUCAGAAUUUCUAGUUCCGAGUUUUUAGUUGGUGUAUCAGAUCAUGUUCUCGUAAAAUUGAGGAAUAAUAAUCUGAGACUUAAUGGUCCCAAGGGUGCUUGUUUAUGAAUGAAAUUUGCAUACUUGAGAAUUGCACGGUU